AUACUUAAUACGUUCACGAAUUCUGAAAUGCUUACUAGGUGUUAUCGCUCACACCGAAAACUGUACACCACAUUGGCUUUAAAAUGAAGUAGUGGCUUCACAAAUUGGGAGACAAUUACAAAACGCAAAAACUACUUUCGAAUAUGUCUUCAUUACCGGCUGAAGAGGAGACCUCUUUUCUCAGGACUGAGGACUUCAUUUGCCUCAGCUGCUUUUCUCAUGGAAGCUCGGAGCGGCUUUGCUUGGCUGCAGAGGGAUUUGGAAAUAGAAUGUGCUCUUUGGAAAUAAUUUCGAAAGAGUCACCUCCUCCAAAUAUGCCCCCGUGUGUUUUUGUUCUGGACCAAGCUCUUUCUGUACGAGCCCUUCAAGAAAUGCUUUCUAUUCAACACCAAAGCUCAGAUGGAAGCGGUCAGUCUGGUCAUAGAACUUUGCUCUAUGGACAUGCUAUCCGACUAAAACAUAGAGAAAGUAACAUGUACCUAUCGUGUCUUUCGACAAGUACAUCACAGGACAAACUAGCUUUUGAUGUUGGUCUUCAACAGAAUGCUGAGACUGAAGCUUGCUGGUGGACAAUACAUCCAGCGUCAAAACAACGUUCAGUUGGAGAAAAGGUCCGAAUAGGCGAUGAUCUUAUUUUGGUCAGUGUUUCAUCAGAACGUUAUUUGCAUGUUUAUGGAGAAGUCAUUUCAAGCAAUGGUGUAAUUGCGAGUUUUCAGCAAACUCUGUGGACAGUACUUCCCGUUUCCAGUGGUGCAAUAAGGCAAAAAUCGAUGAAUAUGGUAUUGGGUGGUGAUGUUGUUCGCCUCUUUCAUGGUGACGAAUCUUUGACAGCAGCGUGUGCUACUGAGUCAGAGGAAUUUUCAUCGUCGGUCGCAAUGACAGUGAAUGGAUCAGCUCCCGGAAGUCCCCCUAAUAAAAUACAACGUCCAAGUAUAGUAAAUUCCGAUCUAUUGUCUGGUUCACGUCAUGCAGUUAUGUAUGAAAUCGGCGCUGUUUCAACAAGUGCUCGCUCAUUAUGGCGGAUCGAACAUACAAAAACUAAAUGGUGUGCUGGUUUCUUUUCAUGGGGCUCUGAAAUUCGUCUACGUCAUGUAACUACUGGUCGUUAUUUGGGUGUAUUGCCUAGUGAAGCCAAUGGAAAUGGACACUGUGAUGUCGUCACUUUGUCAGCACAUGAAGCUACAAAUGCAGCUUCAAUCUUUUUGAUAAGACCUACUAAAGAUGAUAAGAAACGUUCAGAAGAACAUGAAACUGAAGGCAUGGGUGAACCAGAUCUUAGAUUAGGUGAAACAUUAGCUUACCUUCAGCAUGCGGCAUCAGGUCGAUGGUUAUCAUAUGAGGCAUACGAAACUCGGAAACGUGGUGUUGGUCGUGUGGAAGAGAAAAAAGCUGUCCUAUUAAUUGAAGGUCAUAUGGAUGAUUUGUUUAGUUUAGUAAGAGCACAAGAUGAAGAAAUUAGAUCAGCAUCAGCAAUACGUCGAUGUACAUCUGUAUUUAAUAACUUUAUACAUGCAUUAAAUUAUAUAUCAUCACCGCAAAAUAUAACUUUACCAUCACAACAAAGUCAAUGUAAUUUAAGCAAUGGACAUUUAUUAGGUGAAGUAACUCAAUGUUUAGAGGAUUUGAUUGAAUUUUUCGCUCAACCGCAUCCACAUGAAGAACACGAAAUUCAACAAUCUAAAUUGACUGCUUUAAGAAAUCGUCAAAAUUUGUUUCAGAAUGAAGGUAUGAUUGGGCACGUAUUGAGUACUAUAGAAAGAUUCACUGGAACAUUCCAAACGCGUCGAGAAUUUUCACAAGCUGUUGGUGAAGAUAAAGCUGAUCAGUUCAAUGAAUUGGGCAAUUAUCUAUACUUACUACUAGCUGCACUUAUUCGUGGCAAUCGUGAAAAUUGUGCACAGUUUGCUACACCUACGCGAUUGGAUUGGCUUUUCAAUAGGCUGGAAUUACAACAAGGCUUCGCUGAAGGUGUAUUGGAUGCUUUACAUUGUGUUCUAACUGACAGUGACGAAGCUUUGUAUUUGAUAACAGAGCGUCACAUACGCACACUGAUCGGGUUACUAGAUAAACAAGGUCGUGAUCCAAGGGUUCUACAAGCAUUAUGUUCAUUAUGUCUAGGACGUCAAGGAGGAGCUGUACGAUUAAAUCAGGAGUUAAUAUAUGAAACUUUACUGCCACAAAAAGAUUUAUUAUUACAAACAAAAUUAGUUGAUCAAUGUGGAUCAGUUCGACCAAAUAUAUUCGUCGGUUAUAAAGAUGGUGGAGCUAUGUAUCCAAAGUGGUAUUUUGAAGUAAUUAUUGAUUCACUGGAGACAGUUACACAUCAACCAGCGAAAAUUCGGGUUGGUUGGGCUAAUACAGAAGGUUAUAAUGCACAUCCCUGUGGUGGACCCGGUUGGGGUGCUGCAGGGUUGGGUGAUGACCUAUUUAGUUAUGCAUUUGAUGGAAGUUGUUUAUGGGCUGGUGGUAAACCAAAACGGGCUACAAUCGGAACAGAUGAAGCAACAAAUGAAGAAGCAACAUCUAAUGUACCAUUGAAACGUGGUGAUAUUAUUGGAUGCUUGUUGGAUUUAACUGGACCUGUUAUUCAAUUUAAUGUGAAUGGACGUCUAGUAAGAGGAUAUUUCCAGGAUUUCAAUAUAAGCGGUUUGUUCUAUCCAUGUAUGAGUAUGAAUGCAAAAGCAAGUGCAAGAUUUCUUUUAGGAUCAAAUCAAGGUCGUUUACAUCAUGGUCCUCCACCUGGUUACUCACCUAUAUGUUAUGCUAGACAACCUGGGCAGAAACUUCGUCUUGAACCUGUAUUCACAUUCGGUCAACUUGAUAAAUACGUAUUCACCGGUCCACUGAAUUCACCAACACCACAACAAUAUGUAUUUGUACCACGUACAGUGCGUACUUCUCAUAUCCAAUUACCAAACUAUGUAGAAAUGGUUCGUGAUAGAUUAGCUGAGAAUCUACAUGAAAUGUGGUCUAUGCGUAAAAUUGAUCAGGGCUGGAGAUAUGGUGAGCGUCGAGAUGAUGAAAAUAAUCUUCAUCCUUGUUUGACUACAUUUGACAAGCUGCCACCGUCAGAUAAACAGUAUAAUGUAACACUUGCCUACGAAACAUUAAGAACAAUAAUUAGCUUAGGUUAUAAUAUUACUUAUGAACCAUUACCUGAGGGUACAAGGAUGAGAACAAUGAAGCUAUCAAAUAGUUUUACUCAAGUGAAUGGUUAUAAACCUCAACCACUGGAUUUAACACAAAUUCGUUUGUCUGUGCGUAUAGAAGCAUUAGUUGACCAAUUAGCUGAAAAUACACAUAAUAUGUGGGCACGUGAUCGUAUUGCACUAGGAUGGACUUAUGGUUUUGUUGAAGAUCAGUCACAGAAACGAAGUCCACAUUUAGUUCCAUAUAGUGAAGUCGAUCCUAUUAUUCAACAGUCAAACAAGGAUACCGCGAUUGAAACAGUGAAAACACUUAUAGCUUAUGGAUAUUCAUUGGAACCCAUUAGUUCAGACUCUUCAGAUCCAGGUCGUGGUAGUUCUAAUAUGGAUUAUUCAGGACCAACCAGGACUUAUCGUGGUCAAGCUACUAGAGCAGUAACACGUGGUAAAUGGUACUAUGAAGCAGAAAUACUGACAUCUGGUUUUAUUCGAAUUGGAUGGGCUAAGAAAAGUGCACCUCCCGACUUAAUAAUUGGUUCAAGCAGCAGUUCCUAUGCUUUUGCUGCACAUCAGGCUCGUAAGUGGAAUCGAAAUGGUUCAGUUUAUGGUACAAUUUGUCGACCAGGCGAUGUAAUUGGUUGCAUGAUGGAUUUAGUGGACAAAACUAUAUCAUUUUCAUUGAAUGGGGAGUUGAUGAUGGAUCCUCUCGGACUGGAAAUAGCCUUUAAACAUAUGAAAGUGGAUGAAGGUUAUGUGCCAGCAUUUUCUCUUGGGUCUGGACAACAAGUCAAGAUCAAUUAUGGAAAUGAUGUUCAGUCACUGAAAUUCUUUACUUAUUGUGGACUGCAAGAAGGAUAUAAGCCAUUAGGAGUUAAUAUGUGUCGACCGUUGCCUAUGUGGUAUUCCAGAGAGGAUCCAUCUUUAUUUGUUGAUGUUGAUCGACAUCAUCCAUCGCUAAAAGUUAACGUAUCAUCUGGAGCAACACCUACUUUUAAAGUAACAGUUAAACAAGUAGACUAUAUGUCACCAGAAGAAACACAAUUUUUACGAUUAAGUUUAGGCACACAGUGUAAAGAUCAUUUUACAUCAAAAAGCUUAAAUGAACGUCAUGCACAUCUUGAUGCUUUAAGGCGUCAACUUGAACCAGAACCAAUUUACACACAUGGUGUUGGAGUUGGAGAUUCUUCUAAUCUGGUUAUGAUGGGACAAGAUAUGUCCGCUUCGACACUAGAAGUUCGAGAUAGACGUGGUAAGAAAAUUAGACUUGGAAAUAUGUUUAAGAAAGCUCGAUCAAGGGAUCCAAGCCCAGAAGUAACAUCGACUUUAGGUGGAGGAGGUGGUGGGUCGUUGCUAAGUGGUGGUGGUAGUAGCCUUACUGGUGGCAAACGUGGUGGUGCACAUGCGACAACUGGUUCUUUGGGUCCCGGUGGCGGAGGUGGUCAAGGGAGUGCUGGAUCUGGUAGUCUUCUUUCUGCAACAGCUGGGGGGUUUUCCACUGGUAUUACGGGGCCACAAGUUACAACAACUCAAGUCUCUCAACUUGAUCAAAAUCCUCCUGAUGCGAUCGGUGGUCAGAGACAGGUGCAACAGGCAGGAAUGCCGGCACCAGGAGCUCUCGGCGAUAUGAAAAGUACUAGAGCAGGUGCAACUAGUCUAGAUGAUAUGGACUUAUUUCUUCCAACAUCAAGUGGACACACAAGUCCAUUAGCUAAUCUUGUCGAUGAAUUUUCAUUCACAGUACUAGUGUUACCCGGACAAGAUCCUGGUCUAGUUCAUAUUGGUUGGGUGACAAGUUACUUUAAAUUAGCUAAAACAAGUAAACCAGAUCAUAUUAGUGGAUUUUUACAUAAUGUAUCAUCACAAUUACAAUUUGAUAUAACACAUGGACAAUUACAUGGUCACUCUAAUCAAAAUCCUUUACUUGGUGAUACUAGUGGCAGUGGUAUACAACCAUACGCUGCCGACUUAUUCACUGUUCGUCAAGCAGCUGUUUGUCUUUUGGAGUCAGAUUUAACAUUAAAGUCUGCUGUUGCUGAACGUGCAUCAUUCAUGGUUAACUUGGGACAAUUACUUAAUCAGAUGGCUACAGCAGAAGACUUAGGCAAACGAAUGAGUCAAGGCUUAUCGCUAACAUGUUGGGUUGAUAUAGCCAGUGGAACAUUGGGAUUUGAUUUAAAUGGUCGUGAUAGUGGGAUACGGUUUCAGGUCGAGCCAUCUACACGUUUAUUUGCUGCAGUUUUCUAUCGACCUACUGUUAAAGAGGCUAUCCAUUUUGAAUUCGGUCGACGAAAUCGUUAUACUUUACCAAUUACAGCGAGUAUGCUUCGACCACCAAGAUAUACAUCUACUGUAUUGCCACAUCGUUUAAGAGUUCAAGCAUUGGAGCGUGUUCAUUGGGCUCGUGUACCACCGAAAGCUAUAAAGAUAUUCAGUAUGAAGAUUAGUGAACUACGCGGAUGGGGUACCUCAAUUGAAUAUCCAGUCUCCGAAAUCGCUAUUCGUUUACCAGAAUCCAACAGAUGCUUUAUAGCUCUUGAAUUAGAAGAAAUGCCAGAAUUAUUAAAGUAUCAUUCUCAUACACUGGAACUAUAUCGCGCUUUAUGCUGUCACGAUAAUCACAAUGUUGCCCAUUAUUUAACUAAUCAUGUGGAUGAAUAUCAACUAUUGCAUGCUAUGACAGCUUCAGAUAUGCCUGGACCUCUACGUUCUGGUUUUAUUGAUUUAAUGUUAGUUAUGCAUAUAAGUAGUCAUGUAAAAUUGAAACAAGUCACAGGGAAAGAAUUCAUUGUACCAAUGUUUAAAACUCAACCAAAGCCGAAGAAAAAUAUAUUCGAUUUUGAUGAACGCACAGGAGAAUUAAACGGCAAAAAAAUAAACGAUGACGGUGGCAAAGUAGGCGAUAAAGAAGAUGAAGAAUAUGAUUUCGACCGGAUACCAGCUGUUGAAGAGCAUAUUAGUAUUCGUCCAGAACUGAAAACUGAUCCACAUUUACUUAUACUCCAAUGUCAAGAGUGUCCUGGAGCAGAUGGAACUGGCAAUUUACCUGUAACAUCACCAGAAAAAACAAAAGAAGAUAAUGCAAUGUCAACUGCAUUGAAUGUAGCUGGAUCGAAUGGUUUAUUAAAAUUAUCCGAUUGUCCACCAUUUCCAUUAAAUAAAUUGAAAUUAGUCUGUUUAGAUUGUUUAGUUGAUAGUGUAUAUAAAGGUGGUAGUAUACGUGAUCCAGCUGGUGGAAGCUAUGAACAUUUAUUACUACCGUUAGUAAAAACAAUCAACUCUCUACUUGUUAUGGGUGUGCUCGAUCAAAAAGAUAUUCACACUCUUUUGGCUAUCUUGGAUCCUAAAUCAUUUAAAGCAUCAUUACCAUUAAGAGGUGAUUCGACGUAUGAAAGUCUACUCGAGUUUCACUUGCCAGAAAGUGUUAAACUAGAAAUAUGCCGUCUGUUACAUAAUUUAUGUGAUCUACAAUUACGUAACCGAGUGGAACAAGUUGUGAAAUUCGCUAGUAAAUUUGUACAAGCUUUACAAGAAGAUCAGAAUUUUAGGUAUAUGGCCAUCAAGAAAUCCAAUCUACCAUCAUCUGUAGCUGCUAGAAGAACAAGGGAAUUUAGAUGCCCUGCCUCAGUACAAAUGAAAAGUCUUUUACAAAUCCAUGGUCCAGGUGGACCAACAGGUCGUGCACAAGAGACACAAGCUGAACCGUCAACUAAUGAAACAGUUUCUGGAAAUGAAGAAGAUGAUGAAUUAGAGGAUGUCGAAACUAAUCCCUGCUCAGAAGAAGUUAAGGAAAUGCUUCGAAGUUUUCACAAACUAUUCUGUAAUAAGUUAGGUGUAAUGUUACCGGAAAAUAAUGAAAACAAUUCAGCAAAUAAGUCAGAUUCUGAUAAGUCUGCUGACAUUGGGUUCGAUGAAUUACAUUUUCAUUCACCAUUACUUACACGUCCAUCAGAUACCCUUAGUUUAGCAUCAUUUGGUCCAUCUUAUCCAUCUGAUGAAUUACAAGCAGCUUUAGCUCAACUUCCAUUAGUCCCGCCUGAUAUGGGUCAUCCAGAAGAAGGUUCAGGUACACCACCAUGGAUUUUAAAAUUAUUAUGGAAUAUGAUUAUUCGUCAUCCAUUGACAAAUGAUCCAACCAUUGAAGUGAAUGAGAAAAAUGAACAGACAUCUGUUACUCAGUUUUGCCAUUCAGGAAAACGUUCAUUGGAUGGACUAAUCGUUUAUACGAUAGUUAAAUGGGCUAAAGAAGGUUUUAUUGAAAGUUUAGAACUGAUCCGAGAAAUGUUUUCUGCACUUCAUCGUCAAUACAAUGCAACUGAAGAACUAAAAAAUGCACUUGAAAAAACUUAUGUCAUCAGUGGUUCAUCACAAGAUGAAGUUUCUCGUCUACUGCGUUCACUUGGACGAGUAAGAAGUUUACUUGGUGUUCAAUUAGGAUCAAAUGAAGAAAUUCUAUUAAAGAAUUGUUUAUGGGACUUGAUGAAUAAUAAAGUAUUCUUUCAACAUCCUGAUUUAACACGUUGUUUAGCUGUACAUGAAACAGUUAUGCAAUUAAUGGUACAAACAUUAACUAAAGCAACAUUUGAACAACCAGGUGGAAAUACCAUUUCCAAAGAUGUAUUACAUUCAUCCAAUCAGGCAGUAACAACUGACAUUACAGUGACUAGUGUCACUGGUUCUUCAUUACCUGUUCUACAUGAGGAAGGUUUAAAUCCAAAUACAGGUCAUGGAAGUCACCACCAACAACAACAGCAAUCACAGCAACAACGUGGUUCAACAGGACCAACUGAAAUGGUUGUUCAAUGUUGUCGUUUUCUAUGCUAUUUUUGUCGUACAUCAAGAGAUAAUCAAAAAGCUAUGUUUGAACAUCUUAGUUAUAUGCUGGAAAAUUCAUCUAUGCUACUUGCUCGUCCAAGUCUUCGUGGUACAUGCCCAUUGGAUGUAGCCUAUUCUUCUUUGAUGGAUAAUAAUGAAUUAGCUUUGGCUUUACGUGAGAAACAACUGGAAAAGGUUGCUAUCUACUUAUCACGUUGUGGUGUUCAGUCAAACGCUGAGUUAUUAGCCAAAGGUUACCCAGAUAUUGGAUGGGAUCCAGUGGAAGGAGAACGUUUCCUUGAUUUCUUACGUUUCACUGUUUGGGUUAAUGGUGAAACAGUCGAAGAAAAUGCUAACUUAGUUGUUCGUCUAUUGAUUCGCCGACCAGAGUGCUUAGGUCCGGCAUUACGCGGUGGAUCAAAAGUUAUGAAACAUUCUGCUGGAAAUACGGGAACAGACGGUUUAGAAGUACCACCAGGUGGUCCAGAUGGAUUGCAUGCUGCAAGAGGAUCAACUGGACAGCUAAUUAGCGACACAGAUUGUCAGCUUAAUUUAGCUGGUGGUGGUCUUCUAAAGGCAAUGAAAGAAGGUCUAGUAAUGUCAGCUCAAAUUAAACUAGUGAAAAUGGCUCAAGAAGCUGAAGCAGCAGGUUUGAAUCCAGAAGAAGAAGAUUUAGGCUGGAGAACUGUCUUGAUGGACUACGAAGACGCUAAUUUAUUCACACCACUGCCAUAUAAUUUUGAAUCACUACCGCCUGAAGAUGAUCCCGAUUACAUUGAUCUGGGUGCUGCAAUAUUGACAUUUCAUUCAAUUUUGGUUAAUCUAUUGGGAUAUUGUGCACCAGACAUGGAAACUGUUAAAAGUGAAUCAAUACGUGCCAGGUCAAUUUUACAAUCACUUGUUAGUAUGGCUGAUUUAGAAGGAGUUUUGUCACUGAGAUUUAUAUUACCUCCGCCAAAAUUAGAAGUCCAGACUAAUGAAGAUGGAGAAGAUGAAUGGGUUGAUAAAGCUGGUAUGCCACCUGGUCUACUGCCAGAGCAUAAAGCAUCAGUUGUGUUAUUUUUAGAGCGAGUUUAUGGAAUUUCAGAUGCUGCAACAUUUUUAAGAUUAUUAGAAAAUGGUUUCCUACCAGAUUUACGUGCAGCCACACUACUCGAUUCAACUGUUGUUCCAGACAGUGAUAUGGCUUUGGCAUUGAAUCGUUAUUUAUGCAACAGUGUUUUACCAUUACUCACUCGUCAUACUAAAUAUCUUGGCGAAGAAGGUACAGCGGGAGGAUUAUUUGAAGCAACAUUACAAACGGCUUACCGUUUAUCCAAAUGUCGAUCCAUUACAAAUCAUCAACGUGAAGUUGUUUGUGACUUUUUAGUUGCUUUGAUGCAACAAAUUAAACCCCCAAUGAUGUCUGCUCUAUUAAAGAAAAUGGUUUCUGAUUUACGUACAUUAUCAAAAGAAUCCGUUGUAUCACUCAGAGCGUUGACAGAAUUUUAUCAACGAUGUGGAACUUAUUAUAGUUCAGAUGGAUGGACAGGUGGUGCACAAGGUUCACCAGGACAUAGUGCAACAUCAGCUGACGAUGAUUCUGGGUGCACUAGUAACGGAAACGGUAACAGUGGUAGUGGUAGUUCUGGUGGGGCUGAUAACGUAGGUAGUCGUAGCGGUGAUGGUGAAACAUCAGCAUCUGAAGAGGAACGAAGUAUCACUGCUCAUUUAUUCAUAUUAAUAUUCGAAAAGUUAUCCCGACAACCAUAUGAACCCGAAUUAUUUUCUUAUGCAUUACCAUGUCUAUGUUCAAUAGCAUGUGCUUUACCACCGGAUUAUUCAAUUAGUCAAUUAAAUGCGAUGGGCCAACAAAAUGACAGUUUGGGACAAAAUGUUGGGCAAUCAGUAUUCACUGAUCAAAUGAAUUCUUUACUAGUUCCUGGGGCUCCUAGAUUAGAAGCAAAUGAUUCACUUGAUGAACUUGUUCAUCAUGAUGUAUUUCGUCCUCAACCUAUAGAUACUUCUCAAGUUCGUCUACCAGCAGCAUUGAAUAGUUUAAUUCAAAGGUUCGCUGAACAUUGCCAUGAUUCAUGGGCCUUAGAUUUGAUUGAACAAGGUUAUACAUUUGGUGCACAAGUUGAUGAAGUUCGAAGAACACAUCCAAAUUUACGCUCUUUCAGUCAGUUGCCACCACAGGAGCAAAUGAGAUACAUUCAUCCUGUAACAGAUACACUGAAAACGAUGUUAGCUUGCGGUUGGUCUGUUGAUGGUGAUGAAAAUCGUUAUCGUGAUGCACCUGGUGAUACAAAACACUUACGUAGACAAACGAUUACAAGUGAUAAUUUAUUAAAUUACAAUCCGAGUCCAAAAGAUUUACGUGGUGUAAAUGUUACUAAAGAAAUGUUAAAUAUGGCUGAACGUUUAGCUGAUAAUGCACAUAAUAUAUGGGCCAGACAAAAAAUGAGUGAUCUCGAAGCGAUUGGUGGUGGAGUACAUCAACUACUAGUACCAUAUGAUAUAUUAACAGAUAAUGAACGUAAAAGAUAUCGGCGUCUAACCCACGAAUUAAUUAAAUAUUUACAAUAUAAUGGUUAUAGAUUAACUGUUCGUACUGGAUCAAAUUCAACUAAUACUAAUACAAAUAAGGGGAAUGGAGGUACUGGUGGUGUUCGACAUCAUGACAACAGAAAUUUAGCACCAGCAUCACGAUUUGCUUAUGGGUUAUUGAAUAAACUUUUGGAUUAUGUCGAUUCGGCUAUGUCAUCAGUUCGUGAACCAAUGCCAAGCACACGUUAUAGUACUAGUCGUUCAUGGUUAAGUUCAAGUCAAGAUAUGAAAUUCUUUGUUAAAGUUGUACUACCAUUAGUUGAACGCUACUUUGAAACACAACAGGCAUACUUUUUAGAUCCAGUAGCAGGUGCUUCAAUUGAUGAAAAGAAGAUGGCUGCCACUUUAUUCUGUAAACUCUUCUCGUUACUUCGAAUAAAAUUGAAUACAUUUGGACAUGAUGUAAAGAUAGCCGUAUCUUGUCUUCAAGGUCUUGUUCAAACAAUUGAUGUAAAAGCUAUUUUAAAGAUGGGUACUGCAGAGGAUUUUGUUCGCAGUCGAAUCCUACCGUUUUUUGUUAAUGCGGCUGAUGAUUUAUGCGUUGUAGUUCGAAAUCUUGAUGCUAGUCGAUAUUCACAUGUGAAAGGUACAAUUAAACGUGGCGCAUGUUCAAUUGAUUAUAUUCACAUGGUGUUAUUACCUGUUCUGAAAUCAAUGUUUGAACAUCUGGGUAAAAAUGAAUGUGGCGAAUAUCUGCUAGUGGGUAAUGUUCAAGUCACAUGUUACCGAAUACUCAACGCUUUAUAUAAACUAGGUACUACAUCAUCGAAACACGCAAAUCGUCAAAGCUUUGUUGAUGAAUUAAAUAGACAUAGAGCUUUAAUUGGUGAUUGUCUUGCUGCACUUGCAUCUGCAUUCCCUGUAGCUUUUCUAGAGGCUAAUUUAAAUCCUAAUAAUCCUCUUUCAAUUACAUUCAAUAAUCGUGGUGGUGAUUAUAGUCUUGAAGCUAGAGAUGUACUUGAAAAACUUUCUAAAACGAUUGGUGAUCUACAAAGUAUCAUUCAACAAGUGGAACUUUUAGCUGAAUCUGGAGCAACUGGUGCUUCUGAAGCACCGUAUCUUAUCGAGGUUACUUUACCUAUGCUUUGUUCAUAUUUACCUAACUGGUGGCGUAAAGGACCUGAAUGUAUGAGUUUAACUUCUUGUAAUGAUGGUUCCAAUGAAGGUGGAAUAGGACAGGACACUAAAACUGGUAAUUUAUUACCUAAGACAAAAGGAAAUAGCAUUCUAGCUAAUGCAACUGGACCUUUAACAACUGUUACAGCUGAUCUAAUGAACCGAGUUCUUGGAAGUGUGUUGCAAUUAAUUCAAACAAACAUUGACUCACCACAUGCACCUUGGAUGACAAGAAUAGCUACGCGUACUCAGCCCAUUGUAGCUAAUUCUACAGCUGAUAUGCUUGGUCAAUAUUUUUUGCCAGUAUCUGAAAGACUACUCGAACAUGCUUUGAUUGUUGAAAGAGUAGAAGAGGCGUAUAGAGCGGAAAAACGUGCAGGUUCCGAAAGUGUCGGGGAACGUGAAGAAGAACUAUCAUGUUUGGUUGAAAUACUAGUACGAAAUUUAUUUGCGUUCUAUCCCCUUCUAAUAAAAUUUGUUGAUCGUCAUCGAAGUGCUUGGUUGAAAAAGCCAACAUAUGAAACGCAACGUUUAUUCUCAGCUGUUGCAAGGAUGUUUCUAGUAUGGAUCAGAGCAACGAAAUUUAAACGUGAAGAAGAGAAUUUUGUAAGCGCUCAUGAAAUUGAUCGGUUAUCACUGAUUGUGCCAAGUGGGGAAAAUUUAACACCAGGUAUAAAUAGAAGUCGAACUCACACAAAUGGACGUAAUGAAUCAAGCAGUUUGAAAAAUGUAAAAAAGGCUAAAACUGGUCCACAUACAAGUUUAACUGUCGCAUGUAUUAAACGUCUUCUACCAGUUGGUUUAAGUCAACUUGGUGGACGUGAGCAGGAACUGGUAUUAUCCGCGAAAAGAAAGCUGAUUAAGGAAACGCUUAGUUUGACAGGUGACAGAGGUUUGGAACAUUUAAUGCAGAGAGAAAGUGACACUGCUAUUGAAGCUUUCCUCAACAAUGCUUUGGAUCAAGAAGGCGAUCUCGAUCAUAGAACUCAAAAUUGGCAGAAAUUAUUAUACAAAAAGAUUGAUCGAACAAUUGCAGCAACCGGCCGACAUGCUGAACUCGCAAUAUCAACCAGAUCAGAGAUAGUUGACAAGAUUCAAAUUUUAUCCAAAGUAAUGCACGGUCUUUACUUGGUUGAUCAUCCGCCAGCAGUAAGUAAAGGUUCUUGGAAGAAAUUGGUUUCGUCUCAACGUAAACGUGCUGUUAUGGCAUGUUUUCGUAUGGUACCACUUUACGCAAUGCCAACUCAUCGUGUAAUGAAUUUAUUCAUAAAAGGCUACAUAACUGAAUGGUUAGAUUAUGAAGAAUCAUUAGGUGUGAAAUUAAUUGAAGAUGUGACAAGUGGUGCAUUACUGAAAGAUUUAUCGAAAUCAAAUGAAUUAUCGUCAACAGGAGGAACUAAUGAAGCUAUAGCCGGUACUGUGCAUGCAAUUGAAGGCGUUCAAAAAAGUACAGACUCUGAAACUGGUGCAGCUCAAGACUUAGAUAUGAUGGAUUCAACUUUAGAGUUGGAUCUAUCAACUACAAUCAAUGAUCCUGGAACGGCUAUCAGUUCAGAUAGUAAUAAAUCAGCUAGCCUACUACAAACUGGUUCUUUACAAACAUCCAAUAGUUCUUCAAGUCAACAUACGUAUGGACAAGAUUCAUCUUCAUGUCAGCCCGAUCCACUGACACAAUUAUUGACAGCUUUAUGCCGUUCAGCAUCCGAUCAAGCUCCAGAUGAUCCACUAUAUUUAGCUUAUGCUAAAAUCAUGAGCAAAAGCUGUAGCGGUGAGGAUGAAGAAGAAGAAGAGGAGAAUAGCAAUGAAGAAGGUUCUAGUUUUCAGGAACAAGAAGAACAAAAGCAGCAGUUGUUAAGUGAACAAAAUCGUCUUGCUGAACGUGGUGCAGCUGAAAUGGUUCUACUACAGUUAGCUGCAUCCAAAGGUGAAUCUACGCCAGUUGCUCAAGCGAGUAUUGAAUUAGGCAUAGCAUUACUACUUGGCGGUAAUAUUGGUGUUCAAGGAAGAAUGUUAGAUUAUUUAAUGAAAAAGAAAUUAUCUGGCUUUUUCACAAGUUUGGCUGGUCUAACACAGAAAUGUUCCGUUUUAGAUUUGGAUACAUUUGAAAGAUGUAAUAAAGCUGAAGGAUUAGCUGUUGGUCUGUCCGAUAUGGAAGGAAUAACUAACUUAUAUGAUGCUGAUUUUACUUGUAAAAUAUUUCGAUUUUUACAGUUACUAUGUGAAGGACAUAAUCUCGCCUUUCAAGAUUAUCUACGUACACAAGCUGGUAAUACUGUAUCCGUGAAUCUGAUUAUUUCAACAGUUGAUUAUUUAUUACGAUUACAAGAAUCCAUUAUGGAUUUCUAUUGGCAUUAUUCCAAUAAAGAUACAAUUGAUGAAUCAGGCAAAAAUAGUUUUGUUCGUGCUAUCAAAAUCGGCAAACAAGUGUUUCGUAGUUUAACCGAAUAUAUACAGGGUCCAUGUAUUGGAAAUCAACUAGCACUGGCCCAUAGUCGUUUAUGGGAUGCUGUGGCCGGAUUCAUUUAUGUUUCAGCACAAAUGCAAGAUAAAUUAAGUCGUGAUCCUGAUCAGUUAGAUUUAUUACGAGAAUUUCUUAAUUUACAAAAAGAAUUGAUGAUUAUGCUGUUAUCUAUGCUUGAAGGAAAUGUUGUCAAUGGGCCAAUCGCUAAACAAAUGGUUGAUACAUUAAUUGAAUCUUCGGCUAAUGUCGAGAUGAUUCUCAGAUUUUUCGAUAUUUUCCUUCGAAUGAAAGUGAUCACUACUUCUGAAGCAUUCUUAGCUUUCGAUGUGAAUGGUGAUGGUUGGAUUUCACAUAGAGAAUUUCGACUAGCUUUAGAACAGCAAAAAACCUAUUCACCUGAGGAGAUUAACUAUAUCAUUGCAUGUGUUGAUAAUAAUGCAGAUGGUAAAGUUGAUUUUAAAGAAUUCACAGAACGUUUCUACAAUCCAGCUGAAGAUAUUGGCUUCAACUUAGCUUUAUUAUUGACUAAUUUAUCCGAACAUGUACCAUCUGAUCCAAGGUAGGCUCUCAUCAUUACGUAAUAACACUGUUUUAUUCUUAUGAAUAUCGACAUAUCAUAGUGAUUGAAAAUGAUCUUUCUUUUCAUUUAUAGCUUAACUGUAUUAUUGAGAGUGAUUGUUUGACAAAUGCUACUUCAUGUAAUAUGACGUUCUACUUUGACUGAGACUAUUCAUCCGGUAGAUAUGAUUUGAAGUAUCUGGAAUUAGGCUAUCUGAGAUAUCUACCUGUAUCCUAGUGUUUGUGUUUACAAAGAUACACCAUUCUAGUACGUAUUGUUUGAAGCUCCAGUGUGUGGUCCACUAAACCAAUGAGUUCUUUUAGUUAUUAUCUUGUUCAAUGAACAUGAUAUUUUAUCCUAAGAGUUUGUAUUAUCUCGUUGUUGAUAUUCAAGACUGAAUUUCGUUUAGUUGUGGAUUGCACUAAUUAUACAAAAAUAUUUAAGAACAGGUCUAUAUUAAAGCAUCCUCUUUACAUCCCCGUACUCCAACAUUAUCGCUAAUGCUUUAACCAUUAAACACUAUUUGACAAAAAAUAAUUGCAUUUUAUGAAAGGAAUAAUAAUUUUCCAUUAGGAAGUUUCCAUAUUUUCUGGUUUAUUUUUGGUUAACCAGACUGAUUAAAUGGAAAGAUAUUUACUAACAGUUUAGAUUUUCUGAGCUGAUUCCUCAGUACUGAUAGCAGCAUUGAUCUGUAUUAUGGGUAAUAUCUGUAGUUUGAGUAAUGCUUUAUGGUAUUCAGGUUUAAGUGAAAUAUGAUUUGGCAGUGCUACCCAGAACAACGAUAAAACUUCACAAUUAAACCAUCAGGUUUACAUAAUUUGAUAUCACCAAAAGUAGUUGAUCACAAUCUGUGAAAAAUCAUAAAAAUUAUGGGAUUGUUUCCAUGGAGAUCAUAUCCCGUUAUCCUUCACGUUAAUUUCAAGAUCAUCUGUAAUGAUUCCACAACACAAAAUUACCUGUAAAUUAUUUUUGCUGGUGACUUUAAUUAGAUAUAAUCGGGUUUCUCAUAUAAAAUGACCCAAUUCCAUUCUUAUCUGAUUUUUUUAACUCCACAAUAACUACUAUGAAGCUCGUUUUAUCUCCUGUUCUACUAAAACAAAAUUCACCAAGAAUACUUCAAGUUCUUUGCGGAUACCAGGAAUGAUGGUAAUGUACCAGCACAUUGUUCGUAGUCUUUUCUUUACGCUGACAUGUAUGACUGUGAGGUAUGGAACUUGAUUCCACAUUGUCCAUUAGUACGGUUUUUGACUGUAUGUUAACUUGUUCUGGUCCAGAAUGAUCGCCUACAAGAACGAUUUAUGGUUUCUACUAGUUUAAUAGAUACCUACUUUUGAUAAAUAAAAUGUUGAGACAUGGAUUUAUAUCUGAAAAACUUCCAGAAAAUUAUCUUAAAAGUUCUUUCAGUAGAUAUUUACCUUUAGUGCAAAGAUAAUUUAACUUUUAAAAUCUACACUAUUAGAUAUCCAGUUUGAAUGACCGUCAGUAGCUUUCAACUGUGUUAGUCAUUAGUUCGAUACAAUACUUGUUGUGUUGUACGUGCUCAGUCUUAUAAUUAUGUACAACCUUCCUAUAACUGAGCCCAAACCAACUACCUGAGUGAGGAAACUGAGAUUGAGAACAGUCUUAUUAACUAAAACAGAAUCAAGAAUAGAUGUAGACUUAUUCAUAAGGGUAAGUCUUUUUCUAUCUUUUUAAAAAAGCUAUAUUUUCAGCUAAUGGCUUGUCUGUUUCCACAGAAAAUGAAGUCCAAUCUUGGCCGAUGGCACAGGUUUUUCUUUUGACCUAUAUUUUAGUGACAGCGUAUCAGUAUUUAUCAAAUAAAUCAUGAAAGAAAAUAUAAGUAAAUGGUUUUGUAACAUACAUGGUAGAUUAUGUAGCAAUUUCAAUCUCUUUAUCUUAAAAGUCAAUAUAUAGUUAAUCUUACAUUGGUCAUUUCGUUAUUAUUUACCGUUUCAUUUUACUGUAGAUUGGAAAGACUAAUUGACAAAGCUCGUGGAGUACUAGACGUAUUCGAACCACAUUUAGGUAGAAUAGAAAUUACCGGUUCAAACGGUCGAAUUGAACGUGUCUACUUCGAAAUACGUCAACAGCAUAUUGACCAGUGGGAAGCACCACAGAUUAAAGAAUCUAAGAGGUCUUUUUUACAUUCUGUGGUUGGUGAAAGUGGAGAUAAAGAGAAGUUAGAAUGUUUCGUUAAUUUCUGUGAAGAUACCAUAUUUGAAAUGCAACAUGCUCAGUCAAUUAAUGGAGAUGAAGCUGACAUAGCGUUAAAUAGGGUAGGUUGUUUUUUACAUUUUUGAUACAACUAUUACCACAAUUACUGAUUGUACUACAUCACUAACUUAUUCUGUAAUCCGGCAAUGUGCAUAGACUUUCAACUAUUUUUCCAUUUAGUUUCAAGAUUCACCCCUAAAUAUUCUUCAAUUACUUCAGUCAGAUUAGUGAGUUGUUUUGUUUUGCAUUAAAAUUUUAGUUAUCAUAUUAUGUGGAGUAAGUGAGAAAAUAUAUUUACUGACUAAUGUUGAUGAGUAGUUAUAUUUUAUUAAAAAAUUAAUGGAAGAUUCAUCUACCCAUUUCAGGAAAACAUAAAUACUGUAUUAUAUUGAGUCAAGCUAAACACAUACUUAUUUAACAAACUUAUCUAGAUAGAACUAAAUCAUACACAUCUUACUUAUUAAAAUUGAUGUUAUCACAAAACGAUUUAUAGUCCCUUCAUUACUGACUAAUACAUUCAUAUCACUUAAAGCCUCAUCAGCACGAUGUGUCAUAAUUAUUCAACCAACAAUUUUCAAUGAAACAAAUAUGCUAUUUAAUAGUAUGAUAAAAUGUUGGAUUGUUUUAUUUUUCGUUAUAUUAGUCCAAAGAUUGCUCACAAAAAUCCGUUUUUAAAAAUCUUACUUUAUUCAACUUAAGGUUGCUGCAUUUAAUCGCUUUUUGGAAAUAACUCACCUAGCUUUCAUUGGACAUAUACUAUCAAUUAUCCUUCAUUGUGUACGACCAUCCCAAUUAUGUGCUACGUGGAACACAUUACGUCAAAUGACUCUACCAGAUAUCCUGUUGACUAUACUCGGCAUAAUUGUUGGAUUAAUAAUUUGCGUGGGACGAUUCGGAUCACAUUUACUUCAUCUUUUAUGGUAUAUUAUAGUUGCACUUGCGUCUGAUAUUAGUCAAAAAAGAUCUUUAACACAUUGCAAUUCAGCUGUACGCACAAUGGUUCCAUGGUCAGUUGAUCGAAUUUCAUAUUCAAAAGUAGCAACAACUACAACAGCUAUACAACAUCAUUCUAGUGAAAUUGAUACGGAACAACCAUGGUGGUUAUUAUCAGAAGACCAGCAAUUAUUAAUUGAACGCGCAGAUCCAGUACAUUUAGCUACCAUAAAAGAAGAGUAUGCAAUAACGAAUUUCGCAACAUCUACACAUUUAUCACAUGAAAGUGAAAAAUCUGGAAAUGAAAUGUCUCGUAGGUUAUUGUUCAACAGGUUUUUUAGUUUUAUAUAACAGCAAGUAAAAGAUUUUUCUGUUCCCACGAUAUACCACGUCAAUACAAUAAUAUUAUCUGAUACAAUCACUAGACUAGAUGCACUAGAUAUAGACUGGAUCAAGUGAUAAACAGAUAAACGCAAUUCCCUACUAAAUGUAUAAAACCAGAAUAUAGGUUAAAAAAAUACUUUAUUUAACACAGUUACAUGCAGUCCAUGCUCUGAAAACUCGAGUAAAAAUCCAUAAUAGAAGGAACUCGCAAUAUCAAAAAUAUCCCAACAUUUAACAAAGAUGAGUGCUUAUUUGCCUUCGUAUAUAGGUCAACCAUAUCUUACUCUUACCAGCCAAAUACAGACCAGCAUCGUGCAACACAUCGAGGUUUUAUAACAUUUCACUGCAAAGUAUGGUGAUAUCGUUUGUUUCAAUUCGUAGUGUAACAUAUUUACAGUACUUCAGGGAGUGGCUUCCUCCGUAUUCUAGCUAUAUAAUUUAUCCAAUGAUAAGUGGGUUUCUUAAGUUGCUAGUGUUAAUUAACAAUGUAUGCACAGAAUUUCGAAUCAUUGUAGGCGAGACCAUAAUUUUUAGACGAACCAAUCAGACUUAGGAUAACAGGUCUCGGAUUUUGGCGCGAAAUUCAUUCAUCCAUUUGGCUAAACAAUGUUUUGGCAUUUUAGCUGAUGUUAGUUUGUGAUGAAAACCGUACAUCUAAUUCCCAACCGUAAAUCAUGUUCUUUAUUCUUCACAUAGAUUUAUAAACCUCAUUCAGCUCUAGUAAGUGGUCAUUCUCUAGGACACUUUAGAGUCGCUCAAAUGCCUAUAAUUCAUAGUCUCACUGAAUUCUGAAUUGAGUUGGUAAGAUUAUCGAUUGAAGUACUGACAAGACAAAUUCGUCGUCACUCACCGAAAAUUCAUAAAAGCAACAGGUAAUUAAAGAUACUAAAUCAUCUGGAUAGUGUACUAUGAAGAAGCAGAUUAUCAGAACUAUGUGAUAUAUUAGCGAAAUACAUUUCGAACAAUCUGAUCACCCGUACGCUUUUAACAUUUACAUCUGAAAAAUUAAAAGGUCAGCUAGACAAAUGGAAGUUAAAAGGAAAUAAAUAUAAUAAAGAAAAUGAUGCUAAAAACAAUGUGAAAUUCACCACGCUGGAUAAUAAAAAAAAUUAUUACCACCGUGUGUUUAGUGUAUCUGUCUUUGCAACCAUUUUGGUACACGUUUAGAUACACUAACUUUCAAAUCAUGACUACUUCUCCUUAUGUAUGUGUCGCCACACACAUGUAAAUUAAUAAGCACAGUGACGUUACUAAAUUGUGUGCAUGUUUUUUGGUAUCUUGGUGAACCAUGGUCCUCGAUUUCUGAAUAAUAAUAACCUUUGCAGCAUAGUACGUCUUACUAAAAAUUGAUUUCAGCCUUUGUUUUAAAACAAGGCUAUUUAACUUACCUUUGAAUGGUAGAGUGAUGUAGAAAGGCCUUUUUUGUCUCAUAAAUGUACUAUACUGAAACCUCAUUUAGUUAUGAAUUUUAUGAGAUAAGGAUUCCCCAUUAAUGUUUUCUUCAGCACCCUCACUUUGUCAUCAAUAGUAGUGUUGUUACAGGUACGAUCAACCUCAUUAAACAAGCCCUUUAUCAAACUCCGUUUGUGUUGAACUAAAAAAUAACUAUAAUAACUAAGAUGCUAGCAUGUUCAAGGUGUCUUUCUAAAAUUCGAUCAUUUGGUUGAACCGUCUUCUCUUCUACUUAUAAAUAUGUCUAAGAAAGGAAGCUUAUUGUUCUUCUCCCCUUCAAGUGAAUGACUGAUGUGGUUAUGAAAAGUGUCAAGUUUAUUCGACAAACAAUUCAUAUCCUCCUUUUUAUCACAAAUGACUAAGAUAUCAUCCAAAGAUCCCUUAUAAAGUGUCAUAUCUUCAACUAGUUCUUUAAAUAGAUUUUCAACAUGUGCCAUAAAAACGUUAACUAAUAAUGUUUGGGGUUAAUGUGCCUUAGAUUUUGUAAAGUGAGGAUUUUAUAGCCUCCAUUCGUUUACCUACUGGACAUGAUAAGCAGUUCAAUUAUUAAUCGUACUUUUAGAAUUAGUUUAACUAAUGAACAUGAUUGUAUUUAAAAUUAAUUAAUUUUGAAUGAAUUAUUCUUCUUUUGAAUCAGCUAAGCCUUCAGGCAAUUGGAA